CUUCCGCAGCAAGCAGUUGUGUUUAAGUUUUCGAAUGCAGUGUGUGAGACUUAUAAUGAGUCAUGGUUUCUUAUACACAAAUGCCGAAUUCGUGCUGUCAAUCGAAAUAUAAAUACUUUUAACUUUAACGGAACUGUGCUCCAUCCUGCCUAUGAUAUUUCUAUUAAUGGGCAAGUCUUUAAGAAAGCCAAUGGCUAUAAGCCAUGGCUCUUCAAGGCAUCUGUUGAUGGUUGUCAAUUUAUCAAGAGAGCGUAUAAUCCAGUUGCAAUACUUGUUUUUAAUCUCUUUAAAGAAUUUACAAAUUUUAAUCACUCAUGCCCCUAUAAUGGAACUCAAUUGGUUAAAGGUUUUUAUCUUCGACCUGAACUGUUAAAACUUCCAAUACCAAGUGGCGAUUAUUUGCUGUCAUUGACUUGGUUAUUUGAUAAGAGACCACAAUUUGUGACAAAUAUAUAUUUUGUAUUUGAAGAGGAUUUAUAA